AUUCAAUUCAGUAGCUAGCAAAUGAUUCGAGUCCCUUGCUUGCCUUUUUUGCAAUCAUAUUCUACUAGCUCGGCCAGUCUUGUGCAAGCUACCCAAACCAGUGAUCUACCGUGCCGUGGCCCAUGAAUUAUUUGAAUCCUACAAUCUCCCACUUUUGCCCAUAACAACUUUGUCAGGAACUUGCAAGAUAAUCGCUAUGUUCAUACAUCAGGAUGGCACCCCAAUACGUGAUCCUAUCAUUGGCAUGGGCGGGUCUGGGGUGGUAAUCAGGCAGGAAAACAUUGCCGUCAAGCUUCCCCUUAUCUGCACAGAAGAUGAGAGCACAAGAAAUGGGUGGGCCGUCGAGAUAAUUGAGCGCGAGAAGGAUGUCUAUCGUCGCCUUGGUGAAUGUGACGGUGUGGUCUCAUGCCUCGAUCUUUCUGGUCCAGGCAUCCAAAUGGAACUCAUGGAGCUUGGGAACCUUCGCGAAUAUCUCCAACAACAUCGACCGUCAAAGCUUCUCCAACUUUCCUGGUUCAAAAAAAUGGCUCACACAUUAGCUCUGAUACAUGGCAGACGUGUCAUUGUAGCAGAUAUUUCUAGUCGAAAUCUUUUGCUCGCAACGGACCUCUCGAUCAAAUUCUCAGAUUUUACAGAAUCGUCAAUUCUUCCGCUGGAUACGGACAUGUCUCAAGCUGAUGACAGCGGCUAUUCCAUUCAUACAGAUAUAGGUCAGUUUGGCACAGUCAUGUAUGAGGUGAUUACUGGAACAAAAUGUCAAUUCAAUCUACAUGAAGACGCCGAAUCUCGAAGGGCUCAAUGGCCCAGCCGAGAGCGCUUGCCCGCAACAAAAAGUCUCUGGCUAGGCGAUAUAAUCGAUAGAUGCUGGAGCGAAAAAUCAUUCAAGGACACCUGGGAAUUAUCAACCAUUUUAGCCGCAAUUGAUUUGGACCAAACAUCCCCUGACAAAGCAACAAAGGUGGUGAAUCCAGAUCAUACAAUCUUUAGAAAAGCUGUUCACUCAUUUAAACAGUAUUGGAGGUGCAUCAUGAGUGUUGCAACGGCUGCCUUGAUAUGGCUGAGAAAGUCAUUUUGGUGAACUUCAACUAGCAAAUUACCCUAGACAUUUAUUUUGUUUGUGGUCACGGUACGAUAUAGGCAUAUGCAAUAUGAAACUUUGUCCAUCAUCGUCUUCGAAGGC